CUGCCCUGAAACUCUCUGAAACUCGGAACCUCUUAUCCAACACUCCAAUCAAUCAUGGUUGAACUCAAACUGUGACCUAAUCUUUUGAAUUUCGCGGCAAAAGGUCUUGACUUUCAAGGAAAUGACGACUCUGUAUCCUUGUCACUUGCUCUCUGCUUCGACCCAUCCCCAGGUCUCCGCCAAAUUGGCCCUUCACAAUAAACCCCCCAAUUCCAUUCAUGGGUUCACGGCUUUGGCACAGUUUAGUGAAGUACAUGCCUUUGGUCGGAGUGCUAAGCCUUCUCAUUUGCUUCAGAAUUCCCAGUACAAUAUCUCAUGUGCUAUGAAUAUGACUGCUGGACAGUCAGAUGACCCUGGGCAGAUUAAAUUUGAUCACCUAAUCGCUAAAGCAAGAAAGUUGUGGGAUAGUUCUCCACAGCCAGUCAAGAUAUUCCCUUGGAAAAGAGCAGGGCUCAACUAUUUUCAACUCAUCCUUGACCUUGUACUAGCAGUUGUCAAAUACUUAUGUGUACCUUUGCUAGCAGUUUCCUCUCUUAGUGAGAUGUCCUACUGCGCACAGGAAAGGAAGUUGUUUUUUGUUCCUAUACCUGUCAUCAUUGGAAUCGCUGUUGCUGAAGUCUUAAAUCUGGCAGCCGUGGAUGUUUCUCCACUUCUGAAGGAUACAGAAGUUCCCUGGCAUCUUUUUGUCAUGGCAAUUUUCUUUACACUGCUCAAAUUGCCAGGUCCAUAUUACCCAUAUUGGGGCCGAAUAAUAAUCCCACACAUUGCCAAUGGCGGUUUGUUAAGGACACUGUGGUUUGCCUUUAUGCGGUACAGAAGACCUCGAAAAGCAUCACCACACCAUUCUAAAAGUGGCAGCCAAUCGGAACCAAAUGAACUCUAAAUUUUUUGUGCAACACUAGGUAGUUUUUGGCCUGCAGUAAAGAACCAUGCUCUCUGGAUAUGAUUUAGGUCCAAUGAAGCAAUGUUCCAUUGAUCAAGUUACUCGAUAGCAGCAUCUAUCCUUUUAAAUCACUGUGUCAAAGAGUCAAGACUAAAGGUGUUAUUGCAUCAUGCAGAGAUUGUUGUAGCUCUGAUUUUGUCGUCCGGGAUACAUCCCUUGACCCUUGGCCUUGAGGCUACCAACAAACCGUAGGGUAUUAGAGAGAUCAUUCGAGGAAUUCAAGUUCAUUCAAUUUGCCAUUUUGAUAUUUACUUGUUUUCCUUUUCCUUUCAUUUGGAUGUACUUUGUAUUCAAAAAUGGGAUGUAAUUCUUGGAAUAUAUGUUUUGUUGGACCAUUUUCGAGAUGCAUAUCGGAAUAAUAAUU